ACCAGACCUCUCACCAAUUCCCACCCUCUUACAGCCAUCCCAACGACGUCACAAGCGCCGUCUUGCUGUCGUUUAGGAACAGACACUCAUAAAGAGAUCAGAAACGUCCCGGCCUGCAGCUGCCUUGGACGUCUUGAAAAUGCCGAAGAGGAGGAGGAGCUUAGAAUCGACCAUGGACAUUCAGGAACAGGAGCAGGAGCCGGUGCAAGAAGUGCCCUCAUCUCCAGCGGGAGAGGAGAUGCCAGCAGAAGUCCCCUCUCCCGCAGCCAGCUCCACGGGACAAUCGGGUCUUUUGGACCAUGAUUCUGGCGCCUCCCAACAUGAAGAAGCGGCGUCCCUCGCGCCCUUCCAGUUCUCCCCUCAGGGGCCCGGCAUCGAGUCACUGGCCAGCAAGAUCCGCUCAGCAGCUGUGAACGCUUCUGAGCAGCCUGAUGCGCCCAAUAGACGUCAUUACAUAGAUGCCAUGGCGUAUCAUCCGCAUCAUGCCCAGACUUUACAGUCUCGAGUCGAACGCGUCCAGGCCCUCCGCUCCACCUUGACAGAAUACGACAACACUGCAAAAUGGAUGUACAGCCAGCUUACGAAAAGGCGGAGCCUCUUGAACAGUACAUCAACCAUAGGAGGACAGCCGACGGGCCAUAUUGACGACGCUAUCUUGCGCGCUGCGCAGAGUGGCGACUGGGAUCAAGUGAAAAUGAUCGAGAGUGAGAUUGGGGAAGUAUCGAGUCUCAUCGACGCAUAUGGAUGGGACUGGAGUGCGUGUAACGAAGGAUUGCAUGCUAUAGAUCACCAACAGAGAGGCGUCAGCUUGGAAGGUGAGGGUGGGGGAAAAGAUGGACCCACCCAUCUUCGAGACACGAUCAAUCCCCCAAACGAGGUCACGCAAUUAGAAGAGUCGACCUUCAGCCCCGGACAGACAAAAGAAGUGAGAGGAUCAUGGCUAGAGCAAGUUAUAGCAGAAUCUUCUGCGGCCGCAACCACCACCCAUGACUAUCAUGAAGAUCCUCUUGGCAAACAGCUGCAAGAAUGGGGUCGAAAUGGCCUUCAUAAGGGAAUGCCUCGCGAAGAACGAACAGCUGCUCUCAGGCUCGGUCAUGAUUCUGAUACGCUUGCAGUUGAUUUGGCCUUAUGUGAUACGGCGGCUGCUUUGAUUCAAAUCAGAAACAAGAGAAGUACAUGGAACAGUCUGCAGUCACUUGUAUCUCACACUUAUGACUUUGAUGCCUCUUUGGGGCCCAGAGGGAACCUUCAGUCAGCACUGGAGAGAAAUGACUUCAAAUCUGCGAGCUCCGUGCUGGACCGCUUGGACGAGAUGGGGAAUGUUAGAGGUCCGACUUCGAAGAGCCUUCAGCAGCUGAGCGACAUCUUGGGCUCUGUUGCCUCGAGCAUGGCAGUACUAGAGAACGAAAUGAGUCUGGAUAUUGAUAAGUGAGAAACAUGGGAUGCAUAGGAGCUAUGAGGGGGA